GUAUUUACAGGUGAGAAAGCUUUGUCUAUCAACGAUGGCAUGUCAUGUGUUAAUGGCUGAUCAUUAGCUGCGACAGUUGUCUGCAUCAAAAGCCGAGACCUUAUGUUUGAUGUUUCCAGAAGGCUGUAUUUGUGAAUAGGAGAUAUUUUUGUAAAAAUCAGGAAACCAGUCUGGAGGAAAUGGGGUUCUUUCAGUGCAAAGCCUGCAAGCUGAGGGUGUCCUUCAGGAUGCAAGGACAACAUCUCAUUCAACAAUACACGUAGAUGUUUUUUCAAGUCAUGUGUAUUCGGGUGGAGAUCCCAUUAAACUCACACACGAACCUUUAACAAAUGCAAAUGGCACAUAUUCACACCUGAGCCCUACCUGACAGAUCUGCGCUCGACGUCCUGCGUAAAGGCGCAGUGCCAGCCGGUGCGCAUUGACACCUUUUAGCUUUGAUCACCUUUACGCAAAGGCCGGUGGGGUGGAUAUAAAACCCCACUGGAAGCGAAGUCAAAUCAGUCGUUGCUGAACACCAGAAGGAAUAGACCGUUAUGGCAGUCGUGCACGGGAACCUCGGAGCAUCACAUUUAAAACAAUUUCAGCUGUAUCCAACCACAGAUUUGGACAGGAGGAUGAAUAUUCAAACGACAGAUUACGGAGCACAACUGAAAUAUCUCGGCGGCGCGCAUUCAGGGGUCACGAGGGCGGACAGCAUGGCCCUCUUUACGCACCGCAGAAAACGCACCAACUUUACGCAGCAGCAAAUCGACGUGUUGGAGAAAGUUUACCUGGACACAAAAUACCCUGAUAUUUAUUUAAGAGAGAAACUUGAGGCACUGACCGGUCUACCAGAAUCAAGAAUUCAGGUUUGGUUCCAGAAUCGUAGAGCCAAAUCACGGCGCCAGGUGGGGAUUCCACUCCCAGCAAAGACCAAUGGAAACGUCCUGACCUCCAACACUCACCUUAUGAACCAGUUAAUGACACAUCAGAACCACACACCCUUGGAGACCCAGCAAACCCCCAAGUUUGCCAUGAUGGACACUUUUAAUCAACAAGUGAUGAACUCUGCAGAUGAGAAGAGAUGCGCCUUGAAAGGCGACAUGUACAACCCAAGCGCUCCCUGCAUGUUCAGCAGAACCGAGGAGAACCAGAUCAAUACGGAUCACCUGAGCGUAGUGGUUCCUCGCAGUUACACGCAACAGUAUCCCAAAGCACACGAACAGUUCACCGCUACAAGCCAUGCAAAAUCUACAAUGAAGCAAUUUUUGGUGGAGUAUGACAACUUUCCUCCAAACAAGACCAUUGGGCCAGAGAUGAAGGUCGUUAUUCCUCCUCUUCCAACUCAGAAUAACUUCUUGAUGUCUUCACCCAAACACGUCACCUGUUCGGUCCAGAACAUGCCGGUCGGUGUCCAGCCAGGGAAUUUUGGGACCUUCUCUCCCAUCCGGGCAAAUGAAGCAGUUGAGUUUUCAGACUCCGAUUCGGAUUGGGAGAAAGAAGCUAUGUGUGGUUUUAAUGGAUUUAUUUAGAGAUGUGAUUUAUUCAUUGUACAGAUUUGAUCUGCAAGCCAAAACACUCAAUGUUUGAAAAUCAGAUAUUUAUUGUAUAUUCCAGAUAUAUUGUAUAUAUAUUAUGUACGUGUAGGUAGACAUUUCUCAAGCAAAAUAA